GAAGCGGCGAACGCGCCGGGGAGCGCAGCUGCGGGCGUGGGGCCGGCAGGAGCCGCGGAGCCGGCGCGGGGAGCAGCAGCAGCAGCAGCAGCAGCGGAGGCGGCGGCGGCGGCCGGAGCCGGAGCCGGAGCCCGAGCGGGCGCGGGCGGCCGAGACAAAGGCGACGAUUCAGAGACAGUUGGGAGUGUGUAUUUUUGUGUGAAACCGUGAACCCAAAUGAAAAGAGACCUUCAGGGAACAACUUCUACUGACAGUGAGUCUGUAGUCAUCUGUGUGCUUACUGUGGAAUGUUCUCAGCCCAGAGGUAGCUGAAUGGGUGCUGUUGACAAGGAGUGACUACCUGAUACAUGUCUGAAUCAAGAUACAGUUCUUAAUACCUUUGUUGUGGUUCAGAAGCAAAUCUCUGUAGCAUCAGAAGUGAAGAAGGGACUGACUUACUCUUUAUGAAAUUAACUGUGUACGGGACCAAAGCACAGAGAAGUAGUAGAACUUUUUUUGUCAUCGUUGGACAUCCAUCAUAUUGAGGAGCAUAUUUUGUAGAGCCUCCCAAUUUGAGAUCUUUGGAAACUUCAUUGGUGCUCAUUUAUAUCUGGGACUAUUAAGCAUGAGUGAAUUCUGGUUGUGUUUCAACUGCUGUAUUGCAGAACAGCCGCAGCCUAAAAGGCGCCGGCGGAUUGACCGAAGUAUGAUUGGAGAGCCCACGAACUUCGUGCACACGGCUCACGUGGGGUCAGGAGACCUGUUCAGUGGGAUGAACUCAGUUAGCUCCAUCCAGAACCAGAUGCAGUCCAAGGGUGGCUAUGGGGGUGGCAUGUCCGCCAAUGUGCAGAUGCAGCUUGUGGAUACUAAGGCGGGAUAGCGCUGGUGACCCCCGUUUGGUUAUUGAGAAUUUUUGUUUUCCACUUUUUUUUUUUGUCUCGUGAUUGCUUUUCUUUUCAAUUACACAAAAGAAGUGUGGUGGCGUCUUGUUCAGCCCGUUGUGAUUCCUCCAGUGACACGUAACUGUUCGCUCCGAAACUGCGCAUGUCAGAUGACCCUACAGUUCCUCCAGCUGCCUGCAUGCCAGGGACUCGUCGACUGAGUUCUUUGGAUUGUGGCUUAAUUCUCAAUUUUUAGCAAUAUGGAUCUAAUCAUAGCAUGAUCUUUUUCGUGAAUGCUAUUUUGCAUUUUUUUCCCAUUUUAAAUAUUUCCACCUUUAGCCUUAUGAUUUUACUGGUAAGCAAGGAUCUGAUAUUAUUUGUAAUCGGUCACAUUUAUGUAUAUUUUGGAAGGUAUGAGACCCACAAGCACAACUGGGAUUCAUUGGAAACUUCAGCAGAGACGAUAUCUGCAUGCUUCAUGGAGUUGCUUCAUAGGGGGGUGGGGAUCGUGCUGCUAGUGGAGACCGUUUGGAGCUGUGCACAGCCCUGUCACAGCCUAGAGCUUAUUUUAGAAGUGUGGAUCUCUGGCUUAUUAGAAUUAUAAUAAAAAACCGCUUGCAUUCGUAAGGCAUUCAUUCUGUUGUAAAUGUUCAGUGUAUUUAUUUUGAGAGCAAGGACCUUGUAAACAGGUGUGGCGAUGUAGCUUCAUGCUAGGCUUCAUUCCCGUAGCCAAUCUGUUUGUGUACUCAUUCUAUUUUUGUUUUUAUCUUAUGUCUGAUACUCUGUCAUCUAGUUAUUUCUAGGAGCAGUCUGUUGAACAUUUGGCCUGCACUACUAACUGCAGACUUGAGUUGUUGGCCUUUCCAUAGUCUACAUAUUUUGGGGGCAGUGGAAAUUGGCAAGAGCAACACACCUGAAUUCUUGCCAGUGACACAGCCUGCACCCAGACUUUCAGGGUGCCGGUGAGAAUCCUUUGCUCAGGUUCCAAAAUAUGUUUGUUCUUUACCAUUGUGUACAAAUGCUGCUUCUGCCCCAUUGGGGUGUGGGUGUUUAGGCAGUUUGUGGUUUUAUAUUAUUAAUGUUUAAAUCCUAUUUCCAUCUCAGCCCUGUCUAACUUCUUUUCCUAGGAGUUACAUUUCAUGCAGUAGAUGGGGUUCAACUUAAAGAGCUACAAGGAACUAGGUAGUUUAAUAAAGAAAAGAGUGAUCAUUUCUCUUACCCUUUUCCUUAGUCCUCAGGUUUUUAUGAAACAGGUAACUGAAUAAAUAUUAGUAGAUUUAUAGAGGAAAAACAUGAGAGUAAUUAUUCUUUUAAAAAAAUAUUUACCCAGUACCAUGAGACACUAGAUUACUCAAUGCUUGUGUUUCUAUAAUUUUGAGCCUUCAUAGGUGUCAGUCCCAGAGAGAAUCUGUCAAGAAAAGACAUUUGGCAUUUCAGGAGUCCAAUGCUUAGUAAUCAAAAUCAGCAGUUUAGACUUGAAUUCCUCUGUUGUCAUUAACUCAAUGUGUAGCAACUGAUUCGUGCAAGCUCACAAAAAGACAGAUUGAGCUGCUUAGCACUGAUGCUGUGUAGUCUACUUCUAUAUUGACUUAAAAUUAAUACAAGCUUUUUUACUUGUAAUGUGACUCCCAGAACAAAGAGUACAGGGACCCAUGGUCCCAGCUCCAAAUACUCUAGUAAGCACUGGAGUUUCCGUGGAAAGCCAAAGGCUGCUCUCAUCAGCCAGUGACUGUAUCAAAAGCUGCAGCUGCCACCGCCACCAAGAAAGGGGCCAGUAAAUUUUUUAAAAAUUUCUAAGAUUUUAACCUAGAAUAUUUUUUAGGGAAGCUGCAUUCCCAAGAAUUGUGCCCUAUGUAUUUCAUUUAAAAAUUGAAGCUCAUGGGAUUUUUCCCAUUCAAAUUUCAUUCGAUUGUUACAAGUUAAGGGAAAUGAGCAAGCUAAUGACCAGGUGCUUUCCUGUGGUAUGGGUAUGAAGUAAAAUAAGCAUAAAGCAGAAAUGGUAACUGGGUUCAGCAUUUCCAAAGCAGCAUUAUCUGUGGGCCUUUGAAAAUAAUUUGAGUAUAUUAGCUUCCAUUUCUGCAAAGUUUGCCUUGAUUUUGUUUAAAUUGACUUAUGCUCAGCAACCAGAAGAGAAAAUUGACAUAUUUUUAUAAUAUAAACAUACAUUUUUUUUUGUACAUUGUGUUCAUUCUUGAAUAAAGUGAGGUCAGUGUUGGCUUGUAGAUAUUAAAUAAAAGUAUUGAUUUUUGAGUCAAUAAAUGUUUUUCUUUCA